UGGCCAAAGACCAUGACAGGUCUUCCAAGCACAUCAGGGACAACUGCUAGUGUGGUCAUCAUACGGGGCCUGAAGAUGUAUGUAGCUCACGUAGGUGACUCAGGGGUGGUCCUUGGAGUUCAGGAUGACCCAAAGGAUGAUUUUGUCAGAGCUGUGGAGGUGACACAAGACCAUAAGCCAGAACUUCCCAAGGAAAGAGAACGAAUCGAAGGACUUGGUGGGAGUGUGAUGAACAAGUCUGGAGUGAAUCGCGUAGUUUGGAAAAGACCUCGGCUCACUCACAGUGGACCUGUUAGAAGGAGUACAGUUAUUGAUCAGAUUCCUUUUCUGGCAGUAGCAAGAGCACUUGGUGAUUUGUGGAGCUAUGAUUUCUUCAGUGGUGAGUUUGUGGUAUCACCUGAACCAGAUACAAGCGUCCAUACUCUUGACCCUCAGAAGCACAAGUAUAUUAUCUUGGGGAGUGAUGGACUGUGGAAUAUGAUUCCACCUCAAGAUGCCAUCUCAAUGUGCCAAGACCAUGAGGAGAAAAAGUACUUGAUGGAUGAGCAUGGACAAUCUUGUGCCAAAAUGCUUGUGAAUCGAGCACUAGGCCGCUGGAGGCAGCGUAUGCUCCGUGCAGAUAACACUAGUGCCAUAGUAAUCUGCAUCUCUUCGGGAGUGGAUAAUCAGGGAAACUUCACCAAUGAAGAUGAGCUAUAUCUCAACCUGACUGAUAGCCCUUCUUACAAUAGUCAAGAAACCUGUGUGAUGACUCCUUCCCCAUGUUCUACACCACCAGUCAAGUCACUGGAAGAGGAUUCAUGGCCAAGGUUGAACCCUAAGGACCAUUUACCUGCCCUUGUUCGUAGUAAUGCCUUCUCAGAGAAUUUUUUAGAGGUAUCAGCUGAGAUAGCUCGAGGAAAUAUCCAGGCUGUAGUCAUACCCUCAAAAGAUCCAGAGGCGCUUGAAGAAAACUGCACCAAAGCCCUGACUUUAAGGAUACAUGAUUCUUUGAAUAAUACCCUGUCUGUUGGCCUUGUGCCUACCAAUUCAACAAAUACUAUUGUGGACCAAAAAAACGUAAAGAUGUCAACUCCUGGUCAGAUGAAAGCCCAAGAAGUUGAAAGAACCCCUCCAGCAAACUUUAAAAAGGACAUUAGAAGUAUCUAACUCUGGUCCCUUAUGAAGAAACAUAGACGAAAUGGCUUAAGUCGAAGUAGUGGUACUCAGCCUACAAGCCUCCCUACAACGUCACAGCGAAAGAACUCUGUUAACUUACCAUGAGACGCAGACUUAGAGGCCAGAGGAAACUUGGAAAUCCAUUACUACAGCAGCACAGGAAAACUGUUUGUGUUUGCUAAAGUAUAUCUGGGAAACGGGGUUUUUCCCACACCUAGGAUAUGAGGGCUUUUUUAAAUUUGGUGCCGAAGUUGAACUUUUUUAUAAGAGGACAAAAUAAAGAGUACGCAGUUUGACUUUUUGGAA